UUGCUGCUGGGAUGAAGAAAUUUUCAUUUUUCAUCCUAGGGGAAAAGUUACGUGAUAGAUGCCCAGAUGGCACAAAGUUUCGUCCCCCCACUCUCGCAGGAGCGCGUUUGUAUGCCCGUACACCCCGAGCGUGAUUCACUGCGUGAUAGUUUCCUCCGAGUAGUCUCUUUUCUUUUUUCUUUUUCCGUUUUCGAGACGACCGGAGAGACCGGCGUGAGCCGCGAGCGAAUCCACCGCGGGGAGAAGUCCGUCGCGCGCGCGAGCGAGAAUCGAGUCGAGAUAAUUCGAGAAUAAAGGAGCGACGGCGACGGUGGCGGCGGUGGCGGCAGCGGGCAGGACGGCCGCCAUUUCGUGCGUUCGUUGCGGCGAAGGAGCGAGGGUCCGAGCGGCGAACGGUGGCGGAAAGAUCGCGCUCCAACGAUUGGCCUGGCCGCGCGAACUGCGUCCGCUGGCACGAGUCUCGCGGGCGCGCCUCUCCUCCUCCGCCUCGUUUCUUUCAGUUUUCUUGUUCCUCGUUGAGUUACGGUGCGGCAAGCAGCGUUGAUGAUUGGGAUUCCGCGGGACGAUCGACACAAAAUCACGGUCAAGAUCCGCAACAACAUGAAGAGGAGCUCGAGUCGCGACACUCCGCCUCCUCGCGUCAAACGGAGCCGAUCCUCGAUGGGACGGUACGACGAUUCCAGUGACGAGCGUAUUACUCCGGAAAGGAUACGGCGUCGUAGCCGGGGCGCUAGGAGUCCCAGUCCGCCGACGCGCGCCUCUUCGCACGCCCGUUACGUCGAGUCUAGCUCGCACCGCGACGAGUACCUCCGCGCGCCGCGCGACCUGCCACGGGAACGGCCGUACAGCUAUAAGGUCCUGUGCGUCAGCUCCAUCCAUCCGAAGGCCAGCGACGAGGUCAUCAAGGACACCCUGUACAGGGAGUACAAGAAGUACGGCGACUUCUCCAUUCAGAUAUCCCACGAGCCGGACGAGCGUGUCGCGUACGUGUGCUUCAGGAGCUCGGAGGACGCCCGGGAUGCCAAGCACGCGAAGCCACGCAUCAUCAUGUACGACAAGGUGGCCUUGGUGGAGCCAGUGUACGACCGACCGGAGACUUACCGUCGCCCGCGGUCGAUCACGCCGCCGGACUACGAGAGGUACUACCCUCGCUCGCCCGGGCCGACGGACCGUCACCGACCGCUCGAGAGAUACGAGCGGGUCUACGGACCGCCGGUCGGCCUGCCGCCGCACCGCGAGAUGCGACGCGAGACGAUCCCGCCGCCGCACCACGAAUUCGUCAGACCGCCGAUACACCCGCACGGACCGCCGCACGUUCACCCGGGUCCCCCUCAUCACUACGGACCACCACGGCACAUGAUGAUACGUCAUCCGGUACACGGAUUCGAGCGCGUGGAGAACAAGAAGGACAAGUUCCCGAAUUACUUGCAUCACGUGUCGCCCGAGGACGACCCCCUCGCGACUAGGACGCUGUUCGCCGGUAACCUGGAGAUCAAUAUCACCGAGGAGGAGCUACGUCGUAUCUUCAGCAAGUACGGCAUCGUCGACGACAUCGACAUUAAGCGUCCCCCACCGGGUACCGGUAACGCGUACGCUUUCGUGCGAUUCCAGACGCUGGACAUGGCGCACAGGUGCAAGGUCGAACUCUCGGGUCAGUACAUCGGUAAGUUCCAGUGCAAGAUCGGUUACGGUAAGGCGACCCCGACCACGAGAAUAUGGGUAGGCGGCCUGGGGCCAUGGACCUCGGUGCCGCAGCUGGAACGCGAGUUCGACCGAUUCGGCGCGAUCAAGAAGAUCGACUACAUCAAGGGCGACAGCAACGCUUACAUACUUUACGACUCGAUCGACGCUGCCCAAGCAGCCGUGAAGGAGAUGCGUGGCUUCCCGCUCGGAGGGCCGGAUCGCAGAUUGAGAGUCGACUUCGCGGACGUUACGCCGGGCUUCGGCUUCAAGCCUCGCCCGUAUUCCGAGGAGAGCAGCGAGUUCAGACCGCGUCCCGUCGAUUACGAGUCGCAGUACGAUCCGUACGGGCCGGAGGGUGAAUUCGGCUACGGGCCGAGGGGUUUCCGCGGCGGCAGAGGCAGCGCGCCCUGGCACGACAGAAGAGGCAGCACGCGUGGCGGUUACAGAGGUUCUUAUCCCGAGGGCUACGUGCGGGACGAGGCGGACUGGCCGAGCAGAAGACCACCACCCGAAUUGGAGUACGAAGCGCCGCGCGGACUGCGGAGGUCGCUGUCGCGGGAACCCGGCGUCGACCGAUCGAGAUCCCGCUCGCCACGUAGACGGCAAAUAGACUCGGACUCGGACUCGGAGAACACCCGCGGUGGAAUGCUCUCGACAUCUCGCACGCUACCGGACGUCGCGCGCAAGUCGAUCGCGGUGUGGCAAGGCGCGUUGAUACUGAAGAACUCGCUGUUCCCAGCCAAGUUCCACUUGACCGAUGGCGAAACGGAGAUAAUCGAUUCCCUCAUGAAGGACGAGGAGGGCAAGCACAUGCUGCGGAUAACGCAGCGAUUGCGUCUCGAUCAGCCCAAGCUCGACGACGUAUCGAAACGGAUCCAGACGUCGAGCUCGCAUGCUAUCUUCCUCGGUCUGGCCGGUUCGAGCACCGCGGUUACGAACGACGACGCUAACGUGCAAACUCGGCCGCUGCGUAACCUCGUCUCCUACUUGAAACAGAAGGAAGCUGCUGGUGUGAUAUCGCUGUUGAACAAGGACACGGAGGGUACCGGUGUGCUGUACGCCUUUCCGCCUUGCGCUUUCUCGACGGAACUGUUGAAACGCACGUGUCCUAGUUUAAGCGAUGAAAGUCUUAAGGAAGAUCAUUUAGUAAUCGUAGUGGUUAAGGGUGGUAGCGCCUAAGGAAACCUUAUAGUGUCUCGUCUCGUGUCCGUAUUUUCUAUAUCGUAAGUGCGAUGGUUUUAUUCAUCGAGUAUAUACCAUCAUCCAAACGCGCGACUACUGGAACAAUACAUAGAAUUUCGUGAGAAGGAAAACAAACAAACUUGUCUUUUUUGAUCGAUGUAAGUAUUUUGCCUUCAACUGGCUUCCAGAUGCGACGAAUUCGAUCACGACGGUCGAUGUCACGAAUCGUGAUUUUUAUUCGAAGAGAUACUUUUGUUUUUGUACUCGCGAAUGUACAUUACAUUGUCAUUAGAAAUCAGAAAGCUGAGAAAUCUGUCGAUUGUAUCUCGGAUAGUCGGGACUCGCGGCGCCCGAUUGCCCGAUUCGGGUCUACCGCGUUCGAUUAAAUUUGCAUUCAGUCGCGCAAUUUUAAACGUCUCGAUAGAUUCUUAUUGGAAGCUCACUCGGCGCCGUGAGUGAUUGUCGCGCGAGAUUACAGGGAGUCGAUUCUUAUACAGUUAUCAAGCUCAACGAUAAACGAAUCAAUAAUGCAAUUCUGAAAUAUUGUGAAAAAGAUAUUAAGUUUUCUACGGUGAUCUUAAUUUGUAUGAUAUACUUUUCCGGAAGGACAUGACUAUUUCUCGCCAUGUACAGCCGUUCAGUAGCAUGUACAGUCAUCGUAUAUUGUCGGUAUCGAUGCUAAAACGCUUAGAGACUAGAUUAUUUUCUAUCGGAAAAAAUCGCAACUUUGGUACUGCGCCCUGUUAAUCUACGAUUAUUAGGCAUGCAUCUGUAGUGAUUACCGAUGAUAGAAUUUCUAUUGACAAGACCCUUGACCGCAUAGAAUUGUUAUUAUAUGAACAUCGAUAUCGUUAUCACUAUAAGUAACGCUAUGACGACUUUAAAGAUGUAGUACAAGGAUUGAUUUGUAUUAUAUACGUAUACAUAUAUAUACACACACACACAUACACGUACAUGCAUACAUACACACUCACAUACUAUAUAUAUAUAUAUACAUACAUCAUACAUUAUAUUGAUAAUAAUAAUAGAUAUUGUACACAGUUCUUUCACAUUUACAAGUGUGCAUACGAUUGUUUAGCAGAUGCAAAAUUAAUACCUUUUGAAAUGUCUGUACACAUAAAUAUAACUAAAUGCGCAGAUUCAUAUCUUGGAGAGGGUAAUGAGGAAGUUUUUUUUGCCGAAUACAAGCAAUUGCUUUAGCACAAAAAAAAUUACAAAUGUUUAUAUAUAUAUAUAUAUAUAUAUAUCUGCAAGUAGAAUACUUUUUAAAUAUGGCAAGUACAUUGAGUAUAGCUUUACAAUGAUGUAAGCAUGGUGUUAAAAAGAAUGCUAUAUAAUUUUCAUAAAAACUUUAGUGGCGAAGAAUGUGAAAGGCCUGGUUUAGAGAGUAUAUUUGAUAUAUGGCAAAUUUAUAUGAUUAAUUGUUUCAUGAUUGUUUAUUCCUGUAGAUUUCUUUUGUGUGACAUAAGCUCUAAGUGAUUGUGCAGUAAAUAAUCCGUGAAUAGUUACGACGAGUUUUCUAAUAGUUCGGACCGUGCCGGAAGAGUGAAGACAGUGAGGGAGCAAAAUCCAGGAAGAGAACCGAAAAUUCGUUUACUGUAUAACAAAAGUUUACUACAUCUGUGUCUCCGUAAAAAUACCGUCAAAAGUUCGCCCCCCGUUCCUCCCCCCCCCCCCCUCAACCCGCCCUUUUCAGUGGGGACUGAUUUUCUGAAGGACAGUGUCUGGUGGUAUCAAAACAGAGAUGAGCUUUGAAUAUGUGUACAGUGAAAAUGUAAAGGAGAGGAAAAUAAGGAAGUGAUUGUGUUCCCCCAUUCAAGUAUGGAGAGCACUCGAGAGAACAUGUCUGGAAAGCGUAUUUCUAUAUCCGUUCCAGAGAUUGACAGGGGAUAAAAAAAAAAAGAGGGUUCUCUGCCAUACUUGAAUCCGAUCGAAGGUGCAGUGGUUAAGUACACGUAGUGUUCGAACGGCAAAAUAGAUGCAGUUUAUGUAGAGAAAAAAAAUAUUACAAAUUGUGUCAAUUUUCUUAAUACCGUUCUUCACCUACAUCAAAUUCGGGGGUCCGCGAGUCCGGUAAUGUUACAGUGACGCACGAGUUAACGACGAGAUAACGCUGUAUCCGAGGAGAGCGAAAGUAAAAGGAAAAAAAAGCUUUUAUCAGUCAGGUCAUAGAGCCGUGGACCGAUAAAAAAAAGAAAAGCAAACGAGAGUUCGAUGCUGAAUCGAUAACAAGUUUGACGUCGCAAUUCGAAUGCAUGCAUGUGGCCGAGAGGUUAGACUGCUUUUAAUUCACGAGUUUUGUACUCGGUAUAGAAUCCGGUUUCCCGUUCUCGUUGAGUGCAGUUUAUCGUGCAAUAUGGUGUUGUGAUACGUCGGUCGUUUAGCGAUGACACGAUCGGGGGAACAGUCGAAGGGUCGUAGAUCGUACAGAAAUUUCAAGUGCUUGUGCUUAGCCGAGAAUCGUUUUCCCGAUAUCGAAGGAGAGACGGCCGUCGUCGUGUCACGUUCGUACGUUGUUGCGCGUUGCGAAAAAGACGGCCAUUGACAUUAGUGAGACAACAUUAGUGUUUUCUGUUUCAGUGGCUUGUGAAUCUCCGCCGACGGGCGGGUCGCGAAUUAACCUCGCAAGCGCGCGUUUUAUUCGAAAUUGUCGGAUAAAAAGAAAAAUGCAAAGAUAGCGUGUGUUGCCCGCGACGUAUCGAGUACAAAAUUGUGCAUCUAGGAGACAAUAGUUUCGCAGGAAAGAGAACGAGAGAGAGAGAGAGAGAGACCCCCUGUCUCUCUUGCCCCUAACUGUAGGAAAAACGACGGUGGUUGCGUCGCGUCUCGGGCGAGUCCGAAAAUCUUGCAACCUUGUGCGCGGUCAAAUUAAAGUGAGUUCGAUCAGUGGUACUCGUUGAUCUCGAUUCGCAUCAGUGCUGUGCUGCUUUCGUCUUCCCCAUGGGCCUUGGCAUCUCUUCGUUCGUGCGGCCCGUUGUCCGCCGUGGUAGCUUGCGAAUGUGCAAUCUGUUUCAGAAACCGCCGACGCAACGGAAGAGAGAUAACGUGCGCGAUCGGGAACGUCGUAGUCGCGUUAAGAUUCACAAGAACAAGUUGCAAAGACGCGCUCAUGGUGAGACGUACUGUGCCAGUUUCCCCGGCUUCGUUUCACGGUGUUCCGCCGCGAGCCUCGCAUUUACGUUGCCACUGUUUUGUUAUCGCGUCAUUCGUCGUGCUUGUGCCCUUUCAGUUCUCCGUGCAACAGAAAUAUAUAUUUCAUUUUACAGUUUCAAACGAAA